AUUCUUUCACGUUCCUCCUCAUUUUCACUGUUGCGGUUGGAAUUCUCCUUUAUUAUUAUUUUUUCCACGCGAAUCCAAAGACUAUCCCAGAAGGGGAUGGCUGGUGGGGAGACAGAGAGCAACAGGAUAUGCAGGAGGAUGAAACAGUCCACUCAUUCACCAUUGAAACAUCUGAGGAGAUGAUCCAGGACCUGCACUAUCGCAUGGACCAUACUCGCUUCACGCCACCAUUAGAGGACAGCAGAUUUCAGUAUGGUUUUAACUCCAGCUACCUGAGGAAGAUCAUGUCUUACUGGAGGAAGGACUACAAUUGGAAGAAGCAGCUGGAACUUCUAAACCAGUUUCCACAUUUCAGAACCAGGAUUGAAGGAAUUGAUAUCCACUUUGUUCAUGUGAAGCCUCCUCACCUGCCUCAAGGUCAGACUGCCAUCCCGCUGAUGAUGAUCCAUGGCUGGCCAGGAUCUUUUUAUGAAUUCUACAAGAUCAUCCCUCAGCUGACUGAUCCAGUCAGUCAUGGCCUGAGUCAGCAGGAAACCUUUGAAGUCAUCUGUCCAUCCAUCCCAGGCUAUGGCUUCUCAGAGGCACCACGCAAGAAAGGUUUUAACAGCAUUGCUGCAGCUCGCGUGUUUUGCAAGUUAAUGCAGCGCCUGGGGUUUGAUCGGUUCUACGUGCAGGGAGGAGACUGGGGCUCUCUGAUUGCCACUAACAUGGCCCAGAUGAAGCCACAGAAUGUGAAAGGAAUACACUUGAAUUUCUUCCCCAAUGCCAGGAUGGGACUGAAGAUACUUCCCUCCCUCUUACUCGGGCAGUAUGCUCCAUCGCUGGUUGGAUUCACCCAGACUGACGUUGAACGGAUGUAUCCGUUUGUUAAAAAGAAUGUCUAUGAUUUGCUGAAGGAAUCUGGCUACAUGCACAUUCAGGGCACAAAACCCGACUCCCCAGGCUGCGCACUGAAUGACUCCCCUGUGGGUUUGGCUGCUUACAUACUGGAAAAGUUUUCAACCUGGACCAACAAGGAUUUCCGGGAUCUUGAAGAUGGAGGACUGACGAGGAAAUUCUCUCUGGAUGAACUUCUGACCAAUGUGAUGAUCUACUGGGUGUCAGGCUCCAUCACCUCCUCCAUGCGCCUGUACAAAGAGAACCUAGGAGCUGAUUUCCAGAACCGGGUUGAUGCCAAGGUUGGAGUUUAUGUUCCCGCGGGAAUGGCUGCAUUUCCCAAUGAGUUGAUGCACAUCCCAUUGGUCUGGGCCAGGCAGAAGUACAAGAAGAUUAUGACCUUCUCAUACAUGUCUCGUGGGGGGCAUUUUGCAGCCUUUGAGGAGCCAGAUCUAUUGGCUGAGGAUCUCCGGAAUUUUGUCCAAACUGUGGAAAAGAGUGCCUGAGCAUUCCAGUUCCUAUGGUGUUUGAGAAUCUGGUUCCCAUAUGAUAGCUCUUUAGUUUCCAAUCUCUGUCUGAUAAUUAAUGCUGGAACUUUCUCUCACAUUCGCAAGCUGAUGAAAAUCGUAUCAGUGUUGUUGGAAAAUUCAUUACAUUCUGUUUGACUAAUGAAUCUGCCAUCUGUUUCAACUGGGAGAUCCUAUUUUUUGAUUCCUGUGUAUUAAUUCAAUGACAAAUCAAAAAAUAAAAUAGAAACAUUCCUGAUGUUAUGAUUUUGAUAGGAGUGUGCUGGGAGACAAGAUCCACCUCUCUGUUAGUUGUACCAAAAGGGUGGUAUAUCAGAAGAUUGAACAGAAUAUUAAAGCAGUAAAGAAUGACCAAAAGAUUAAUAAAAAGGAAAACAUUUAUAGUACAAGAGAAGGUUAGCCAAAAAUAUAAAAAAAAGUAGGAGAAGUUUCUAUAAAUAUUUAUAGGAGCAUUGUUGAUCUUUUUGAUAGACUGAAGAAUUAAUGAUGGAAAAGAAGGUAAUGACAGACGAACUGAAUGGGUAUUUUGCAAUAGUCUUCACUACUGGGGUUACGAGUAAAAUUCCAGAAGCAGGAAUAAAUCAGGAAAUGGAAGGGAGGGAGGAACUCAGGAAAAUCACCAGAGGAGUUGUACUAAGUAACAUGGAGCUGUGGGCUGAUAACUGCCCAGUCUGUACCUGACAUAUGCUUUCUUCUUUUUCUUUAUCAAACUCUUGAUAUCCCUUGACAUCCAGGGUUCCCAGAAUUUGCUGUCUUUGCCCUUCAUUAUUUGAGGAACACACUGUCCCUCUACGCUCACUUUACUAUUUUUAAAAGACUCCCACUUUCCAAAUGUAAACGUACCUGCUAGUAACUGCUCCCAGUCCAUGUUUACCAGAUCCUAUCUAAUGAUAUUGAAGUUAAUCUUCCCCCCCUUUAGACAUUUAACAUCUGGAAUAUCUUUAUGCCUUACCAUAAUAAUGUUGAAACUUACAGAGUUAUGGCCACUAUCCCACUGAAACUGUGGCCACUUGACCGGUUUCAUUCCCUUGAAUUAUUCCCCAUCUCUAGUCGGACUAUUUAUGAACGGACAACAAAAGCUCUCCUGGAUACACUUUAAAAAUUCCACCCGAUCUAAUCCUUUCACACUAAGGUGAUCCCAGUUAAUGUUGGGAAAGUUGAAAUCCCCUCCAAUUUAUGACCCUGUUUCCCUCACACCUUUCUGUGAUUUGUCUACAUAUCUGCUCCUCCCUCUCCCUCUGUCUGUUGGGAGACCUGUCCUAUAAUUCCAGCAAAGUGAUUGUCCCGUUUUUAUUUCGAAACUCUACCGAAAUGGCCUCAUUUGAAGAGCCUUCUAAGACAUUCAUCCUCACUACUGCAAUGAUUGUCUCCUUUAUCAAUAAUGGAAUGCUCCACCUUUCUUACAGACCCCCCAACCAUGACUGAAACUUCUAAUCCCUGGAAUGUUGAGCUGCCAGUCCUGCCCUUCCUUCAACUAUUUCUCAAUGAUUGCAACAAUGUCACUUUCUCAUGUGCUGAUCAAUGCUCUUUAAGUUCAUCUGCCUUCUCAGGCAGGCUCCUUGCAUUUGAAUAUAUAAAAUUUAGCUUUCUAGUCCCCCUAUCCUGCCCAUGUCUUCUCCACCUACUGGAUUGUUCUAGCAUUUCAACACUCAGUGGUAUGUGGGCACUGUAAGUAAUUAUUUUUCUAUUCAUUUGUGGGACAUGGGCAUCGCUGGCUGGCCAACAUUUCUUGCCCAUCCCUAGUUGCCCUUGAGAAGGUGGUGGUGAGCUGCCUUCUUGAAUCACUGCAAUCCUCCUGCUGUGGGUUGACCCACAAUGCCAGUAGGGAGGGAAUUCUAGGAUUUUGACCCAGCUACAGUGAAGGAAUGGCAAUAUAUUUCCAAAUCAGGAUGGUGAAUGGCAUAAUCAUAGUCAAUUGUAUAAUCUUUUCAUCUUUUAAUUAUAAAUUCUGUGUCUUGAUGUUUCCCUUCUCAUUACAUUUGAGGAAGGGGCAGUGCUGCGAAUGUGUGUGUGUUCAAAUAAACCUGUUGGACCAUAA